AUGGAUUUCAGUUAUGCAGAUGGGCCGCGAAGCUCCGAACCAGGCGAAAACAAUUACGAAUAUACGAUUGAUACUCCUGAUGACGAGUGGUGGGGCUCUAUGCUUAGUAUAGGUCACUCUGAUGCUACCGGACACCAAGAGUUACCAGAGCCUACAACAGCGUCACUCGGUUCCACGUCUCAAUCAUCCCAGAGCAGAGGCUAUUUUUCCUCUUUGCAACCCUCAAGCAGUCCUUAUUUCGCUGGAGCUCAGUCUAGCUAUCCAGCCAUCCAGCUCCCAGCUAAUUCUCUGGCCACGUUCGACGCUCCAUUCACACUUCACCCAGGUGGGACGAGCGAGAUGUUUGUAACCUCUACACUCGGUGACGCAUCUUCUUCAAAUUCAUUUGAAGCGGUUGGUACGGCAUCAGCUGGCCACGAAUCAGGGUUGGACAAUACCGCGCCAUCAGAUGAAUUCUGCGAUGUCAGCCGUGGCCUAGACCAACAGUCAUUGGCUCUAUCAGGGGCAGUCAACACCACCAGAUACGAAGCGCAUCAUAAAGACCUCCGGUCCAAUUUUGACAGCACCUUACAAAGUCACAAAAAUCAAGAGGCAAGUGACGCGCUUGCUGACAGCCACGCCGGAUACGUAACUAAAGAUAAUCCGGCCACACCUUACUCUUACUUCUUUGAGGAGGGUGGGCGUGAACAAAGACAGAACGGCAUUCAAAUGGAUGAGUAUGAGGCGGUGGUGGAGUCAGGCAUAUAUCCAGCUCCGCGGCACGGUAAUGAACCCGGGGCUCGUUUAGCCAGCGACCGAACCUGUCCCGGCAGGUUGUCGCCAGGGGACUCAUCGCGAGCCUUCCUGCUUACCACGUCUUCGACCUCAGCCACUCAAACCCAUCCCACUAACGACAGCUGGAAGUGUGAUGAUUGUGGUAGGGUGCUCGCAACGAAAGGCACCAAGAACCGCAACAGGAAUAAGAGGCGUCACCAUUGCCCUGGUACUGGCCCGAAAAAUCCCUGCCCAAUAUGCCCUAAGUCGUUCAAUCGCAGUGAUACUCGACUGCUACAUUUGAGGAAAUGGCACCCGGAAAUCCAUAUGGAACCGCCACGGCCACGGAAAAGAAAGGACCUAUGA